UUCGUAGUCAGCUAGCCAUAUAAGCAAGCUGAGACAUUGAGGCAGUGACGAGCCAAGCAGCAGUCAUUACAAUCAGUUGCUUUUGGUAUCUACAGCGAGUUGGUGUAUUUAGAUCGCAAAGCGUUGUCGCGAACUAUUUUCCAUACAAAUUGUAACAUUUGUAUUGUGUAUUGUAAUUCAUGGUGUGUUUUAUUGUAAUUCUAAUUGGAUGUGCGCGCGCGAGUGUGUGUGUGUGAAGCACAUAGCACAUUAGAAUUAAUAAAAAUAAAAUAGCAAAACAUUUCGAACAUUUUUGAAUUCUCUUACCUGUACGAAAUACUUGGCGCAGUGCGAAAGUGGAAAGAGAUUUACACGCUUAGUUUUUACUCCUAAAACAGGCUAAAUAAAUAAAAAAAAAUCCACUUUAGGAUUUUUAAUUAUUGGAACUGCUUAGUUAAGCUAAAAAAAAAACUAAAGUCCGACUUGUGCAAGUAAAUAUCCGGCACAUGCCGAGUAAACGUCUCUUGUUUGCAAAGCUGUUAUAAAUUUCACGGUUAAUUAAAAUAAAAUACAACAUUUGAAUCAACUGAAAAUUUGAAACAAAGCAAUAUACAAAAAAAACUACAAUACAUGCAAAAGUUAGCGCCAUUUUCGCAAAAAAAAAUAAAAAACAAACAUCUAACGAAUUACACAGUGCAGCGCAGCGGUGUUUUACGCAUACCAACCCACAAAUCUUAUUUUGUUUUGUUUUUGAAAAAUCAAUAGCGACCAAAUCUCAAAUCAAAACAAAUCCACCAAUUCCGUCUGUGUAACACUGAAAGUGCUUCAAAAAGGCAAAAAAAAAAAGCAAAAAGAAAAAACAAACAAACAAAUACAAAUAUAGAAUUUAUAAGAACAACUGUAAAUGGUUUAACAUAAUAGCAGCUGCUGCAUUCAAGGUGCCAAUUUUUCGCUUCGUUAUUUAACUAUCGCAGACUCAGCUCGAGUACACUUGCGGCAUUCAAUGACGAGAUGUAUGUCGAGAACUACGGACUCAGUGCAUAAGCGGAAAACGUAAUCUUCACAACACAAAACGAAACGUGUCGGCGUAUGAAAAGUGAUUUUUAAUCAAAUGUCCAAACGAAAAUUGUCAGCGUGCGUUAGCGAAGCGAAACAUUUGGACGCGUAGCAAAAUUAUUUAUUGUAAAAUAAGGAGAAAAAAAAAAAACAAAAAAAAAGAAAAAAACCAAAAAUUAGUGUACACUUCCAGCGCGUAUUUUGUACUAAACCUGUGCUUGGUUCGUGAACAAUACGCGGUAAAACGAAAAUUCUCAAUAAUAAGCAAUCAUAACAACUCAAAAGAAAAUGUGUUCGAAGGAAUUGCUGCUGCUGGCAUGCCUUCUACUGCUCGGUGGUCUACGCUUGACCUCCACCACCACCACCACCACUUUUGUGGCGGCCAUGUCCAUUGCCAAUCAGGAUCUCGAUCGGUACUUCCGCACCGCAAAUGCAACACAAAUACUCGCCACCGAAGAUCGUAUACUUAUAGAUGUCUAUAAUUAUGCCUAUUUGAAUUAUACCUAUCGCAAUGAGUAUGGCAAAUGGGAGAAAGUGUCAUUUGUCGAGGAGAAGGCACGUUAUGGUGAGGGUAAAGUGUUAAAUCGGGAAGGUAUACUUGUGCAUGUAAGUCAGGUUGGCGAUAAGACGGACGAUACAGCUUGUUCGUCCGAUAUUUCGGGCACAAAUGGCAAUGAUUUUCCACCUCAGGGCUGGAUUGCAUUGGUGAGACGUGGUCAAUGCACUUUCGAGGAGAAGGUGAAGAAUGUGUAUGCUCAUGGAGCGGGUGCUGUGAUCAUCUACAAUGAUAAACAAGUCAGUAAUUUGGAAAAGAUGCAAAUAAAGGACCAAACACGCAAUAUAACUGCUGUGAUAACUUAUCUGGAAAUCGGCUUAGAAAUGGCGAGAAUCGUUGAUCAAGGAUUGGAAAUGCAGGCCGCCAUUAUACAGGGCAGAAAUGGUAGACGGCCACUAAAUUCGCUAAACAAAACCUCAGUGCUCUUCGUGUCCAUCUCCUUCAUCGUGCUAAUGGUCAUUUCGCUGGUCUGGCUGCUAUUCUACUACAUACAACGCUUUAGAUAUCUGCAAACAAAGGACCAGCAAUCGCGUCAAUUGUGUUCGGUCACGAAAAAGGCGAUCAUGAAAAUACCCACAAAAACCGGCAAGAGCAGCGAUGAAAAAGAUAUGGACAGCGAUUGUUGCGCCAUUUGCAUUGAGGCCUACAAACCAUCCGAUUGCAUACGAGUAUUACCCUGCAAGCACGAAUUUCACAAGAACUGCAUCGAUCCGUGGCUAAUUGAGCACCGCACGUGCCCCAUGUGCAAGCUGGACGUGCUCAAAUUUUAUGGUUUUGUGUUCCUCGGCAGCGAAGAAAGCAUUUUGGAGUAUGAACCCGAUCGUCCAUCGGCUGAAGCUAUCGCCGCUAGAGCUGCUGCUAAUGGAAAUGUCAGCUCAACAGGCACCGCCGCUGGCCAACGUGUUGGCGCACUUGACGAUCUCAUGCGCAGUCGUGACUUUGUCAUUGAUUUUCCGCGCAUUUUUGUGCUAGACUCUGGCAGCGUCACAGGCACACACGAAUCGCUAUUCCCUUCACGUAUACCCGAGCGUUCGCAAUCCUCUAUGUCGCUGGCGCAUGCCAAGGACUGGAUGUCCGCCAUGACCAACAAACUGGACGAACAGCAUGGGUUGCGUCGUCUGCGUCGAGGCGUGGCGCGCGACGGCAUGGAUGAGAAUUUGUUAUCAGUUUGCGCAGAAGCGGUGAAGAAACGUCGUUCACGUUCCGCCGAUGGUCGUUAUUCGAGUAGCUAUCAAGCGCGCCACCAAAUGAUGCAGCUGCAAAGUGCACUGGAGUGCGGGUAUGGUGAGGAGGAAGCAUUGGACGCAGGUGUAUCCGGUAGCGGCGGAAAUAGUUUGCGCCCCCAAUCUACUAUAGUGGACUUAACUGAUGCUGUUUAUGCGCAAUCGCGUCUGCGCCAACAGCAAGACACCAACGUAGAGCUACCUCAUCAUCAUGACAGUGUUAUGUUGCAAGCGCGUCGCCGUUCGAUAAGGCGCUGCAGCGAAGCGGACAUACAAUUGCAUGAGUUGCCCUAUCGGUCACCGGUGAGCAGUCAAAGUGGUAGCCUUGCGGGCAGCCGUGAGACGUCGCCUCCACCCGAUGUGGCAAUCACGAUUCAAAUUAACGGUGAAGGCAUCAACUUGGAGUAGGAGUUAUAGACUGGACCAAACGCUGUAAAGAGAUACUAAUAGUACGAGCUCUUUAAAAUAUAGAUUCCAUAAAUUAUGCCGAAUAAAAUAAAUAUCACAGUAGGUGGUGCACCUAUAUUGCAACCUGCAACUUCUUCCUAUCUACACAAAAAUAUGAUGAUUGAUGAUGGUUUGGAUGUUCACAAAAAUUGCAAAUGGAACUGAUGAUUGUGAAUAAUAAAUGAAGCGAAAGAAGGGAAUUACAAAUCGUUUAUUUGUCUUGAUCAAAAUCUAAAAAAUAAAUAUUCUUUAAAUAUGUAUCUCUAA